AUGGGAAAGAAGAGGAACCACGAUCAUUCGGCAUCGAAGGAGGAGAAGAAAAAUGAAGAUUUAGUUGAGAGACUGAAAGAAAUAGUGACGAAUAUCGACCGGAGAUAUAACAAACGUAAGUUGGAGGCGAACAUAACCUCUACGUGCUUGGCGUGGGGGACGCCACGAGAAUUGACUCUUUCUGAAAGAUCAGUUACUGACAAGGAUUUGUUGGUCGGGCUCCCUAUAGUUAUAGAUCGAGUUCGCCGCGUCGUCGAGAUCGCUCUCGAACGCGUCACAGGAGGGACGGCGAAUGCAGACGACAAUCAGAUCGUCGCAGUCGGUCUCGUAAUCGCUCGCGAUAUUCUGUGGGUCGAUCACGACUCGCUCGGUCAUUCUCGUCACGCAGGGCGUAGUCGCUCGAGAGAAUUUGACAAUGGUUCGCAACAAUCUCUGCAGGAGUCGGAGGAAGAGCGAGAGGAGUCUCAGAUACAGACUCAGAAAAAUAACGAGGUGGUAAUCGUUAAUGAAAAGUUGCCAGCGGGUCCAUCGGCACCUGAAACAACGGUCCCGGUCAGCACCGAACAGCAGGCGAGCUUGACCGAUCAAGACAUUCAGAAACAACCCGAGCAUGAAACUGACCUUCAAGAGGACGUAUUAAACGUACUUGGGCCACGUUUGGAACCAGACCAGAAGAAGGCCCCUUCAUUGCACAAGGACAUCGUUAUUCGUUGGAUGGAAAUAUUCAAAAAAGGGCUUUCCAAGGAGGAAAACAAGAACCUCGUGGAGAAAUAUAAUAUUCCGGAAAACUGUGGGUUCAUAGCUGCUCCGGUGUUGAACUCGGAGGUCAUUGCCGCGGUACAAGAUAACGUCAAAACAAGGGACAAGCGUAUCACCGAGAAACAGGAGCGCAUUGCUUCCUGUAUGGCAGCCAUGGGAAAAGCGAUCUCCAUUACGCUAAAAUCGGAUCGUCAAGAAAAACUCGAGUUGCUAGAAAUUCUGAGUGACACAGGAAGACUCCUGGCGUUUCUCCAGAGGGAGGAAUCAGAAAUUCGUAGAAGCUUGAUCCUCGCAAAUCUCAACUCGUCCGUGAGAGAAAUCUUGACGUGCUCGACAGUCGACGGUUUCCUGUUCGGGGCGAACCUGGAAGAAAAAAUCAAGACUGCGAAGACGAUCGAGCGUGCAUCGAAGGACCUCUGUGUAUAGCGUCAGCUCUUGAAA